CGUUAUGUCUUCUAAUGUAUUAGAUCCUUCUUCUAUAUUGCACAAUAUAUUACAAAACUUACCAAAUUCAUUACAAUCACCGUACGAUGCUUUAAUGGCUGCAUCUCAUAGUGCUAUGCUUGCUGUUGGUUUCAAGUUUGCUGGUCUAGGUGAUGAUGCUAGACAAGAGGGUGAUGGAACCAAAACUAUAUUACCAAAUGAAUGGAAUGAUCAUGGUCCUCACGUAUAUUCAAUUCGAUAUAGUCAUCCUCAAUCAAGUUUAACUUUUAUUAUCAAAAGUAUAAAAUUAGGUGAAAAAUGGAUUUUACAUGGUCUUGGCAUUGGCGAUGAUAAAACAGCCACUUUGGAAUUAAACCCUGCAGAUUAUACUUCUUCUUCAUUUUAUCCUUAUUCGAAAGAUUCUGAUCAGCCUCUUGUUCAUGGAUUCAUUUCUACUUCUCGAUUCAAUGAUUUUUUGAUUCUUUAUAAGAUCAACAUUAUUCAACGCUUGAUUCCUGGCUUAACAAAACCUGGUUACACAGAAGAACAAUCAACCACAUCAACCCAAUCAGCACCAUCAUCAUCUCAACCGGCUCCUUCCCAGUCACCUCCUCCAAUAAGGCCUCCUAUUUUUGAUACUCCAACUUCACCAGAUGAACCAUAUUCAGGCAUACCAAGUGUAGGUGAUGAUGAUCUUAACCCACUAGGAGCACCUGUACGAAUACCAGAAUCACUUCGUCGUCCUGGUGGUGGUAUGUAUGUAGGUCCGGAUCAUCCUAUCUUUAGUGGUAGGCAUCAUGAUGAUAAUGAUUCUGCAGAUAUAUUUGGUGGUCCUCAACCAUUACCAAGAGGAUCUGUACCACCUGGAGCACGUUUUGAUCCUAUAGGUCCUUUUGGUGCAAAUCCUACAAGAAGAGGUCGAGGUGCAUUUGGUCGUGGGCGUGGUCAAGGUCGUGGUGGUCAAUUCCCUGGUGAACCUGAUAAUGAUGAACUUCCUCCACCUGGUUUUAAUGAUAUGUUUAUGUAGUUAAUCAAUCAAUAAUUUUAGUUUAUCUCUGAUUAUUAUGUUUAUAGUUUUGUAGUUUAUCAAUGUUAGUUUAGCUCAUAAAUCAAUAAAAAUAGCCUUGUUAUGCGUUGGGUUGUUCCAACCACGCCACGUAUUUUCUACCCCCGAA